AUUGGCCGCCGGCCGAUAGGAUCUCCGCGGCCCCGCGUUAAGGCGGGGGAGCGCGCGGCGCCGGGAGCAGAGCGCUCCCGGUAUCCCGGCUCCGCCACCCCCGGCCGGUGCUUCCCCCCGCCCCGUCCGGGCAGCGCCGCACCGAGCCGCGUCCCCGCUCCGUGGCCAUGGAGUACACGCCGCCCCCCAAGCCGCAGCUCUCCUCCCGGGCCAACGCCUUCUCCAUCGCCGCCCUCAUGUCGAGCGGCAGCUCCAAGGACAAGGAGUCCCCCGAGAGCACCAUCAAGCCUCUGGAACAAUUCGUUGAGAAAUCCUCCUGCGCCCAGCCUUUGAGUGAUUUAUCCAGCCUGGACCCUCACGGGGAUUUUAGCAGUAGCCCUUCUUCCCUGUGCACCGAGCCCCUCAUCCCCACCACCCCCAUCAUCCCCAGCGAGGAGAUGGCCAAAAUCUCCUGCAGCCUGGAGACCAAAGAGCUCUGGGACAAGUUUCACGAACUGGGUACCGAGAUGAUCAUCACCAAAUCCGGGAGGAGAAUGUUUCCAACGAUCAGGGUUUCCUUCUCAGGAGUGGAUCCUGAAGCCAAGUAUAUUGUGUUAAUGGAUAUAGUUCCUGUGGACAAUAAAAGAUAUAGAUAUGCCUACCACAGGUCUUCCUGGUUAGUGGCUGGAAAAGCUGACCCUCCUCUCCCUGCAAGGUUGUAUGUGCACCCUGACUCCCCGUUCACAGGAGAGCAACUGCUGAAGCAGAUGGUGUCCUUUGAAAAAGUCAAACUCACCAACAACGAGCUGGAUCAGCAUGGCCAUAUCAUUUUGAACUCCAUGCACAAGUACCAGCCAAGGGUGCACAUCAUUAAGAAGAAGGAUCACACAGCUUCUUUGCUAAAUCUGAAAUCAGAAGAGUUCAGAACAUUCAUCUUUCCAGAGACAGUUUUUACUGCUGUUACUGCCUACCAGAAUCAAUUGAUAACCAAGCUGAAAAUUGACAGCAACCCUUUUGCUAAAGGAUUCCGUGACUCUUCCAGACUCACUGAUAUCGAGAGAGAAAGUGUGGAGAGCCUUAUCCAAAAGCAUUCUUAUGCUCGAUCCCCCAUUCGGACCUAUGGAGGAGAAGAUGAUCUUGGAGAUGACAGCCAGGCAACACAAAGCAGAGGGUCAGCCUUUACAACAUCUGAUAACCUGUCCCUCAGUUCCUGGGUUUCUUCUUCAACCAGUUUCCCAGGAUUUCAGCAUCCACAGUCUCUGAGUGCCCUGGGUACCAGCACUGCAUCCAUAGCUACACCCAUUCCUCAUCCGAUCCAAGGAUCUCUGCCUCCGUACAGCCGCCUGGGAAUGCCUCUGACACCCUCUGCCAUAGCCAGCUCCAUGCAAGGUAGCGGCCCCACCUUCCCAUCCUUCCACAUGCCAAGGUACCACCAUUACUUUCAGCAGGGUCCUUAUGCAGCUAUCCAAGGACUGCGUCACUCCUCCGCAGUGAUGACACCGUUUGUAUGAGUGACGUACCGCAAGAGGAACACAAGAUUUUAAACGUGCAAGUUUGCUAUGACAAAAUACAAGGGACCUUCCCAAAAGGCCUGUGGCAGGAGCGCUGAACUCAUGACAAACCAGCUAAAAAAAUGCAUCGUGGAUACAGAUUCCUCUUUUGAGGGAUCACAAGAAGAGGGCAUGCAGCUUGGAGCUGCUCACAGAUCUAUGUGUAACACAGCCAAAAUGGAUCCCAAAGUCCCCAGGACCUUUGGUUGCGUGCAGCUUGUUCCAAAGGUGCAUUAUUCCUAGUGGAAAGAGAUUAUCUUUAAGCAGCAGUGUACAAACUAAUUGUCUAUAGGUCUUUUUUCAUAUGCUAGAUGAAUUCUAAAAAAGGCAAUACUCUUACUCAUCUUCAUCUCUUCUUGUGACUGAUGAGCAUCUAAACAGAAAAAUGUAUUGCUAUAACUUUGAGCAUGUUUUAGGCUAUCUCAGCACAUUUGCUGAAAACAGGACAAAGUGGAGAAGACCACUGUCCUUUUUAAGACUGGCAUAUAUUCACCAAAACCAGUAUUUCUUAGUUGCUACUAUAAUCACAAAGAGAACGUUAUUAACAAGUCUUUCUUUCUUUCUUUGUUUCUUUCACAAAACACUUAUCGGUUCCAAAAAAAGAACUGUGUUACAGGACUGUAAUAGUAAUACUGUAUUCUUUCCUUCUGUCUAAAAGGAAGUUGGUCCUAAAUCUGAGGAGGAACAAUUUAACUGUCGGUUAAGAUAUAAUGAAGAAAAAUUUUGAUUUGGAAAAAUCUGUUACUUAAAAUUAGAAACCCAAGAUUCCCAAUUUUAAAGCAGUGCUUGUCUGCUGCUGUGUGUGCCACUGAAGACCUGUUUCCAGCUGCACACGUGUACCAAGUUAACCCAAUUUCAGUCUAGAUCACUCUAUAGACUCUCUGGAUCAAACUAUAAUUAAUGGAUUGGUAUGAGUGGCAUUGGAGUAUCUUUCCACUUGUUCUGAUUUUGUUGGGUUUGGUUAUGGCUGUUAUUACAAAAGGCAUCAGCUUGGCCAGGAAAACCAGUUUUUUCAUGUCCCGCUAUAAUGGUGGAGUUUCCUUGGAAAAAUAUCAGUACAGAACUUCACACAAAAGUCUUUUUUUUUUUAUUCAUGUCUGACUUUUUUUCAGUUAGUAUUUGGGGCUCAUUCAAAGUCCUGUCCCCUUUUCUAGUAUGUUGUGUCUGAUGCAAUGGAGGAGCUAUAGAGGCAUAAGAAGAUAAUGACCUUGUCUGCAGAGAGCUAGCAUGAAUCCUUUGCACUACUGGAAACAGUACCAGUGUGAUGUUGGUUUUCUGUGUGGCAAGAGCUGGGAUUCCACUGUAAGUAAUAAGUUGACGCAGUUUCUGUGUUGAGUUGCAUCCAAGCUAUAGACAAUAAUACAUCUACUGACAAAAGAGAACUAGCAAAUAUGUAAUCUCAUAUAUUACAGAUCUCUGUAGAGCUGGAACACAAAACAGACUUAUUGUCCUCUGCUUUUCACCAUUCUGUAUUGGUGUCAUGGUAAAAAGCAGAGUGCAGUACACUGAAUCACCUACUCCCAUCUCUGCAAAGUACAGGGCAAGGCAUGUGCAUCCCACAGAAAAAGACCACCAUUAUGUAUUUUCUAGUAGCUGAAUUAAAAAUCUUCUCAAGCUGGCCAUUUCAAUCACCUUUUCAACCAAGUUUUCUGCAAUAUCACUCUAAUUCCCAUUAAUCACUGUUGGACCUGCUGAUGAAAACUGACCUGGGCCCAUUUGCAACUCCUGUGCUCUGUGUGUAAAUAAAAAUGAAAAUUUAUUUACAAUUCAGACCUGCUACAAGGAGUUCCAUAAAUUAAUAUAACAGGUCAAGCUCUGCAGUAUUUAAAUGGCUCAGAAUCAGACACUGAAUUUGUCUUGGUGUACCCAAAUAUUAGAUUUUGUUGUAGUCUAUCAGAUUCAUAGGAAAAGGGCAUGUUGCAAGAUUGUGCCUACUUAUAACUGGUUUCCAGAUGAACGCCCUAUUUUUCAGGAAAUUAAGUGAUACUGAACCUACAAGAAUGUAAUUCUUCAAGUAAACAUGGCUCUGCAGAAACAAUAAUUAUAGAAGAGGUUUGGAAGAAAGUUUGCUCUUCAGUGUUUCACUUCUGUUAGAGUUGUACGAAGACCCUAGGAUGCACUAAAGCCUGUGGGGAAAUUCUGUUUCUUUUACCUGGUUCCUUCUGCAGCUUCAUUAACUUAUCUGGAGUUCAGGGAAUACGGUUAGGUUCAGAACUCAAGCCAGUAAUUUUACUGCUGAUACUUCCAUCAGGAAAGGGUCAAGUAAGUAGGCUACUUUUACAUGACUCCAGAAACAAGUUUGAAACAGGUGGGCUGAUUUAGGAAUGGUCAACAUGUGACAUAAAGGCUGCUCAUACAUCACCUUCCUUCAUGAACCAAAUUCAGAGAACAAACUGCACAAUCUUUUCAGCUCUGUCCCAGUCUCUGCUCUGAGAACACCAAUAUUUGGCAUGCAGAAAUGCCCCUUAUACUGUUUCAGAGAAAAUUCUCCAGGCUCUUUGUGGAGAAUGAAACUGGAUUUUGACAACUUACCAAAAAAAAAUUAAAUGAAAGAAAAGGGCUUUCCACUACAAAUGAAUUGUGAUUCAUAUCUGAAAUAACAUGGCAGUAGGCUGUCUUGAUACAAAAACAUGAUAAAGCCAAGGCCUCUUCCAAAUUCUUUCUGAUGAAUUUUGUAUUACAGAUGAUGCAGAAUUGUCUGUCAAAACCCACAGCUUGAUUUUUCCAGUCAGACCAAGUCUCUCUCAGUGGGCUCAUCCCUCCUUGUGCUUCUCUCUGAUGGUUUAAUUCCUUUGCAGCAGAAACCCUUUGGGUUUCCCACUAAUGCAGAAUCACAGGCAGGUCCCAAGCAAGGGAAUGAAGGCAGCUUGUGACAGGUUCCCCCAGGAAUAAGAUCAAUAGGUAUGUCCAUUCCUCACUUCCUCUUCUUUGCCCUCACAGUCCUACCUACAAAACCUGUUGCAGAGAUUUGAGGUUAAAGGGAUUAAGUUCACACAGGCCAUAGGAUGUCCAGUGAAGAGGUCUUGCCACCUCAGCAGUGUUUCUGCUCCAUGUCCCUCUCACCUUCCUGUAGGCCUGGGGAAGCAUGGGAGUGAUUCCAGGAAUAAAAUUUCUACCCUACUGAAGUCAAGUGGAAAUUUAUUGACUGUAAUGGAAGCAGGAUUUCAUUCCACAUUGUCAUCUCAAAAUAAAGUCUGGCAGUAGGAAGAGUGACUUAAAUGACAGCAACAAUAUAGGAACAGUACGGGAAAGAUUAAAACCCAAGUACAAAUCAGUUUUAGCACUGAACUCACAACUGGAAGAAAAUGAAUGUGAAUUUGUUAUUAAUUGGUUAAGGAGUGAAAUCACUUUUGCUGAAAAAAAAAAAAAAUUGUCUCCACUACUCCACCAGUUUGACAAUAGCCCAGUAAUUUAUUUAGGGACUUGCCGUACUGCUGUCAAAAUUGCAUCAUUUUCAGGACAUAACAUCUGUUGUUGGUAGAUGGGCUAGGAAUGCCAAAUACAAUCUAAAAUUUAUUUUCCAAAUACAAUUCACGUUUUAUAUCCCAUGAGAAGUGCUCUUCACCUUUAUGAGCUUUUUUCUUGGCUCAGAAAAAUGGAGCUGGUUUAUGUUGUUUGAUUUUGUUUGGGGUUUUUUGGGGGGGGAGAGCUGUUUGCCUUUUUUUAAGAAGAGUGGAGAGAACAUGCCUGAAUAUGCUUUUCAAAGAGAAUGAUAAGAUUUUACUUGGAAGUGUUCCAAGUAUUUUUGCGUUUUUCCUGUAUUACCAUUUUAUCCAUAGAUUGUCAACACCCUCCAGUCUUUAAUUCAACAAAAGCAUCCCAUAUAUUAACAAAACUGAUUUGGAUGUAUUUGUCCGAAUAUUUUUUCUUCUACUUUUGGAGCCCUGAGAAUCUAAACAUAAACCCUCCCAUUUUUAAUUUAUGUCUUUGGUUUGCAGCAUUGCUUUGUGUGGCCUGAGGCACUGUCAAAGAUAGCAAAUCAAUGCCACUGGGUUUCAGUCGUACUCUUCUGGGUGCAAACAGAACAACAAGCAUAGACCAAGUAGAUAAAGGUAGAGUUCCUAAUGGAAAUGCUUCCUCACGAGUCCAAGGAUGAUAAGUUGUGUGGUAGCUAACAUGCUUGGUAUCACAACCUUCAGAAUGCAAUUGCAGAAUUUCUCCCAGACAGUUUUACCCAUGGAGGCCGGGACACUGCAUCAACAUGUACACAUGUAAGAAGAUGUUGCCAUUUCCAACAUCCAGCAAACACUAACUGGCACUUGAAAAGGAUCCUUUUUUAACUGAAAAGCAUUUGGGCUGGCAACUUCAUUAUGUAGUACAUCCUCUUUAUAUGUGUGUACUGUACAGAAACAGAUGUAUCAACAAAAACUUUUGCAAAACCUUGGGAUAAUUUCCAAAAGUGUAAGUCAAUAUAAAUUGUGGUCAUUUACUCCUAGAUAAGGGUAAAAGCAAUAGUGAGAUCAGUGUAACACUUAUGGCUUCUUGCCUUGAGGAAGUUGUGGCCACAGUACGUAUACUCAUCAUCUGCAGGGGGAUGAACACUCACUGCAAAAUUAAUUUUAAUUUUAGUGAGAUUUUAUUCUCACUAUUAUUUACAGAGCAUUUCUGCUGCAGGAGAUGUGGUUUCUUUACUAACCACCUACUUACUGGCCAGAGGAUUUAUGUAUUACUCUGUAAUCAAAUGUCCUUGCAUAUAAUCUCUAGAUUAUCAGAUGACAACUUCUUUUCUUUAUUUUAUCUUUUUAAGAAAAAACUAAGCAGUGAAUUAAAUAAGCUCUGAAGUAACUUUUUAUGAUAGUUUAAGGACAAAAAAUACAGUUUGCUGUAUUUUACCUUUAGCACAUUUAAACAAUCUUUUUCUUUUUAAUUGUACCUUCAGAAACAUGAGGAAAGAUUUGGUUUAAAAACAAGGAAGGUAAAAAAACUGGAUGUAGCCUCUUUAACAGAAUGUACCACAGUUCUUCUGUUUGCUGUGUUGACUUUGUUGUUUAUAUUGCAUUGCGUGAGCACAUUCACCAUGUACUGAAGUGUGUGUUUGUGUGUAUGGGGUGGGGGUAGAGGGAAAUCUUUUUAUGGAAAAAAAAGUUGUGAACAUAAACUAUGAAGCAACAUCUAAUGAAAAGUUUCUUUUUAAGUGCAAUAUAUUUAUUUCUGCUAGAAAUAUAAUAUCAACAUUAUGUAAUAUUUGAAGCAUUAAAUGUUAUUUGUAAACAGCUUAAAAUUAUAUAUAUAUCACAAAAACUGUACAGAAGUGCAAAUGUGUGGAUAUUCAGUUUCUUUCAUUAAAAUAUUGGG